UCAUUCUCCACCAUCCACCUACAAUAUCAGAAGCCAAAACCGGUUCUCACAUUGUCAGUUCCCACAAUCCUACUAUGGCAAUAUCAUCACUCUCACUGAGCUGGGUUUCAACUACCUUGCCUGCAGACAAUAAGUUGAAUGUGCUUAGUCAUAAUGAGGUUUCAAAACCUGCCGGUGCAUAUUUUUCCGGUAAAACAAUCACAUGCUCCAGUGAGACAGCUUCCAGUGAAGAAAGUAAGCCAUUACUGUUGGGAGUUGGAGCACUAACAACAAGUCUACUACAGACAAAUUCCCUCUUGGCUGAAGGAAUGCCUGACAAGUUUCGCGGCUAUAUUGACAAACAAGAUGGGUAUUCAUAUUAUUACCCCUCUGAUUGGAGGGAUUUUGACUUCAGGGCACAUGACUCUGCCUUCAAGGACCGAUAUAUGCAACUUCACAAUGUAAGAGUUAGAUUUAUACCCACAGAUAAAACCGACAUACAUGAUUUGGGUCCAUUGGAAGAGGCGGUACCCUAGUUGGUGAGACACACAUUUGCUGCACCAAACCAAGUAGAAAAAAUUUUCAACAUGGAGGAGAAAACUAUAGAUGGGAAGAACUAUUACACCUUCGAGUAUGGACUCACAUCUCCCAACUUUGCUACCACUUCAUUUGCAACCAUAGCCAUUGGAAAUGGGAGAUAUUACACCCUAAUUGUCGGAGCAAAUGAGAGACGGUGGAAAAGAUACCGCAACCAGCUUAAAAUGGUUGCACACUCUUUCAGGAUUCUUGACAUCUAAAAUGCAAUGUCGUC